AUGAAGGAGACGAUUUCAACACAUUACACUCCUCAGCAACCUGAUUCCGCGUUUGCCGAUGAUGACAGUCGCUGGGAGGCUGUAAAAUCGCGCAAUCCAAAAGCAGAUGGUCUCUUCGUCUACGCUGUGCGAAGUACUGGUGUAUAUUCCCGCCCUACCUGCAAAGCACGCCUCGCCCAUCGAUUCAAUACCGCCUUCUUCAAAUCAAGUAUCGAAGCCCAAAGUGCGGGAUACCGACCGUGUAAGCGCUGUCAUCCUGAAGAUAGUGCUCCCAUGCCGGAAGAUAUUGGGGUGGCCAAGAUUCGUGCAUUCAUGAAGGCACGGCCCCUUGCGGCGAUGAUGGAGAAGGACGGUACAAUCACAAUGCUGAGUCUAAGUCAGAUGGCUCGCCAGGUUGGGCUAUCCAAGUGGCAUUUUCACCGCGAAUUUAAAAAGUGUUUUGGAGUGACACCGGUCGAGUAUCUCAGGAUAGAGAAAGCAGCGAGACUUGCAGCUUCAAUAGAAGUCCAGGACGAGCAGCCACUGCCUAAAGGUGGAUUUCAAAUUAAAAGAGAGCACGAGCAUUCAGAGAGACUCGACACGACGUCAGAGUAA